AUGAAACACCGAGGGCCCAGCGGCGUGAACCAGCUGGGGGGGCUCUUCCUGAACGGCCGCCCCCUCCCCACCUGCAAGAGGCAGAGGAUCAUCGAGCUGGCGGCGAGCGGGCUCCGCUCCUCCGACAUCUCCCGCAGCCUCAAGGUGUCCAACGGCUGCGUCAGCAAGAUCCUGGGCCGCUACCAGCGCACGGGGGCCGUGGGGCCCAAGGCCUCGGGGGGCAGCAGGGCCCGCACGGCCACCCCCGAGGUGGUGGCCAGGAUCGCGCGGCUGAAGCUGGAGCGGCCCGGGCUCUUCGCCUGGGAGAUCCGCCGGCAGCUGCACCGCGAGGGGACCUGCGCCGGCCCCGGCACCCCCAGCGUCUCCUCCAUCAACCGUGUCCUGAGGAACCUGCCCAGCGACCUGCGGCUGGCGGCCGAGCCCCGGGACCCGCGGCCACGGGUGUCCCCUCCGGCCGUCCCGCAGCCCCCCGGGUGCCGCUCGCCCCCCGCAGCCGGCACCGCCGCCCCCCCGGGGGCUCAGCACCCUCCGCAGGGCUCCGAAUCCGGCCGGAGGCUCCCGCCGGGCCCCCGGCACAGGAGCAGGACCGUGUUCUCCCGGCAGCAGUCGGAGGCGCUGGAGAAAGAGUUCCAGCUGGCACAGUACCCGGACACCGUCACCCGGGAGAGACUGGCCGCGGCCACCCAGCUCCCGGACACGACCAUCAGGGUCUGGUUCUCGAACCGCCGAGCCAAGAGCCGACGGGAGGCCAAGCAGCAGCUGGAGGCUGGCGGGGCAGGUCUGAGGGCCCCGCGGUCCCCGAGCCAGGACAUUUCCGUCCCUGCCUGUGCCCACGCAGGCUCCUGGUGCGACUGGAUCCUGCCCCGCGGGUCCGUGUCCGCUUUCCAUCCCACCUCCACAACAGCCGCACAGCCCCUCCCGGACACCCCCGCGGGCUCCCAGCAGCCCCUCCACGGCCACAUCCACGGCCACGGCCACGGCCACGGCCACGGCCACGGCCUCCGCUCCUUCCCGGCCCCCCCGGCCCCGCUGCACCUCUGCGCCUCCGGCCCCUGCGCCUGGGACGACGCUCGCUGCGGCUCGGCCCCUACAGCGCCCUGGCAGCCCCUGGAGAGCCCCCCCUUCGCCCUUCUGCCCCCCGGGCCCCCCUGUCUCCCCGUGCCAGCCUGGUGCCCGGAGCCCCGCUGA